AUGGGUCCUCGAGGCAGAGGCCGUGCUGGCUUCAGGGGCGGAGGAAGAGGUGGUGCUCGCGGGCGUGGUGGAAGAGGCGGCAGAGGCAGAGGUAGAGGAGGCGGCCCGGGUCGAUCUCGCUUCAACACUGCCCGUCUGGAAGAAAAUGAGUCGUCUGGUUCUGAGUCUGGUGAGGAGAUGGAUUCCGAAGUGGAGGAAGACUCUGAUGUCUCCAUGUCUGAUGAUGAUGAGGACGAAGAUGUGGAUGAGCAACCUCAGAACUCCCGUCCUUACAUGGCACUCUUGCAAGGGUUCACAGAAUCCACAGAGCCGAGUGCAAAGAGGAGAAAACUGGACAGCGGCAAGCCUGAGAGUGCCGCCAAGGCGACAGCAGCAGCAGAGGAGUCUUCUGAAGACGAGGAUGAAGAUGAGGAGACUGGUGAGAAGGACGUCGACAGGGUUGACGAGGCCGAGGAAGAGGACCCUUCAGCCGAUCUCGCUGAUGAGGAGGCGGAAAGCGACGACGAAGAUGAUGUUGAUGCGACGGAUCCAUUUGACAACCACUUUGCGGCCCCCGAUGAAGACACCUACACGAAGAAGGUCAAGGCGAUUCAGAAGAAUGGCUGGACUUUCAAGCGAAGCAUGUCUAAGGUGUCUAAGGCUGUCGUCACGUAUCCUCAGUUUGAAGGUUCAGAAGCGCCGUCAAUUCCAUCACCAAUCUCAAGCUUGGAGAGCCUCAAGCUCAAGCAGAAGCUCAAAGAGUCUGCGUCGAAAAAGAUCUCGCCACUCAACACGUUGCAGCAAGCAAUGGCACCGGUUAUUUUCAACUACAACGACGUUUUAUAUGACAAUCGCGACAUCAAGAACUCGGAAGGUUUGAGGCAGCUCGUGUGCUUACAUGCCGUCAACCACGUCUUCAAAACUCGCGAUCGCGUCAUCAAGAACAACUACAAGCUGGCCAAGGAAGAAAACGCCGACCUGGAGCUGAGAGAUCAGGGCUUCACACGCCCCAAGGUCCUCUUUAUUCUGCCAACGCGACAGUCGUGCUUGAAGAUGGUGAACACCAUCGAAGCGCUCUGCGCGCCCGACCAGCGCGAAAACAGAAAGCGUUUCGAGGAAGCCUAUACAGACGAAGAGGUCAAGUUUGGCAACGACAAGCCUGAAGAUUUCCGCGACCUCUUUGAAGGCAAUGACGACGACAUGUUCCGCAUCGGCAUGAAGUUCACCCGCAAGACCAUCAAGUACUUCUCCCAGUUUUACAACUCGGAUAUUCUUUUCGCCAGUCCCUUGGGUCUGCGGAUGGCCAUCGGCUCCGAGGAAGAUAAGAAGAAGAUGGAUUACGACUUUUUGAGUUCCAUUGAGUUGGUUGUGGUCGACCAGGCCGACGCCCAGCUCAUGCAGAACUGGGAACAUGUCGAGUACAUCUUUGAGCACAUGAACCUCCAGCCCAAGGACGCCCACGGGUGUGACUUCAGUCGUGUGCGCAGUUGGUACCUCGAGGACUGGUCAAAGUACUUCCGACAGACCGUCAUCCUCUCCGCCUUCAACACGCCGGAGUUGACGGAGCUCUUCCGCACCCAAUGCCAUAACUGGGCCGGCAAGAUUCGAUUCCAGGCAGACUACUCCGGCGUCCUCCAGCAGCUCGGCCUCAAGGCGCGUCAGACCUUCUCCCGCUUCGAGGCCAAGUCUAUCGACAAGGAGCCUGACGCCCGCUUCGACUACUUCGUCUCAGCGAUCCUCCCCUCCCUCAUCAAGCGAGCCAAGGACACCAGCGGAACCCUCAUCUUUAUCCCCUCCUACCUCGACUUUGUCCGCGUGAGGAACUACUUCGCCACCAAUGCCGCUGUCGGGGUUCUCUCCUUCGGCACCAUUUCCGAAUACUCGGAGGUCCCCGAAGUAUCCCGCGCUCGCUCUCACUUCACAACCGGCCGGCACAAGGUUCUCCUGUAUACGGAGCGUGCGCACCACUUCAGACGGUACAACCUGCGCGGCGUUCAGCGGGUAAUCAUGUACGGCCUGCCGGACAACCCGAUUUUCUACCGCGAGAUCGCUGGAGGUUACCUUGCACACAGCGAGCAGAACCUUCUGAUCGAGCCUGGACAGGGUACCAUCAGGGCCAUGUUCUCCAAAUACGAUGUCAUGAGGCUGGAGCGCAUCGUCGGCACGCAGCGCGUAGGCAAGAUGAUCCAGGAGAAGGGUGAUACUUUUGACUUUGUGUAA